AUGACUAAAGCUAAGCAAGAGACUCUUAGACUUAUCUUUAAAUCUCUUGGCUUGAACGUUGAUAACGAGGCAUCUCUCAUGUAUCCACUCGUUGAACAUGCACAGACAAGUAUACUUAAAGUUCUUGGAAAUGCGCUUCAAAUUGCUCAUAGAUGUAAAAGAACAAAGCUAACAGUCGCUGAUAUCAAUGUAGCUCUAGAAUCUCUCCGUCUUGAACCAUUAUUUGGCUAUUCUAGCCAGCAAGAACCUAAUGUAGUAGAUGUAAAUGGAGAUAAUAAACUACUUGUAUAUGAUGACUCCUUUGCUCAGCUAGAACAAUACGCUCGCAGAGAACUCCCAGCAUAUCCUCUUGCUACCCAUUUCGAUGUAGUGUGGAUUGCUCUGAAUGGAAUUGGUCAUGAGAAUUUAGAAACCAUGGAACUUAGUAAUGAGAAAUUGGAAAAUACCCUGAAUAAGCAGCAUAAUCAACAACGACAGAAGACACAAGAUUCUGACUAUUUCGUCGUUUCAAACAUACAUCAAUUUUCAUAUGUAAAUCAAAAAUUCUUUGGAGCAUCAGGAUCAUUUCUUAUGUCGAGUAAAAUUGUUGAUAGGGAACUGAUGUUCUCAAAAUUAUCUGUAUUAGACUGUAUUCAGACUUUAGUCCCUUAUUAUAUCAGAUUUUCUCUCGUACAAUUCAAAGAUCACCCCAAUGAUUGGGACACAUUAUAUUCGUCGCUUUGCACUGUUAGAGCUCUAGUACAAAAUCCAAAACUCGAAUACAUCAAUUGUUACAUACAGAGCUUUAUUACAAUUGCUCUCUCAUUUUUACUUAACCCAGAGAUUCUACGGACUAACGCAAUAGCUUUGGUUCGUAUGAGAGAGCUAGCGGCAGAGUUUUUACUUGUUAUAUGCGAUAAAUUAUCGAAUACAUAUCCAAUGGUCCAACCACAUAUUACAGCGCAACUUAUCAGCGUACUUAUCGAACAUGAUUACUCAGUUUCAGAGAAAUUUGGAGCUUUUUGCGGAUUAAAUGCAUUUGGUCCACAAACAAUAGCCAAAUUCGUCCUCCCACAUAUAGAAAUGAUCAUUAAAGACCUUGUAUCGGGUCCUAUGAAGGAUGGUGAUAGAAAUGUCAGAAUGAUCGCAGCAUCUUUUUACGAUACUCUUGUAAACGCUGUUGGUUUGUGUCUCUACAGCGAUACGUCUAAGAGUUACAUAAAAGGAACUCUGGAAUUGGCUCCAAAGACCGGAGAGCAGAGAGAAAAGAUUUUUGAGGCGCUGGGAUCAUUAUUACUUCCGUUUUAUAUUGACGACAGUGUGGAACUGUCAAUUUAA